AUGGGGAUGAGAAUCAAACAUCACAACUGUGAUCGAGUUGAGGCAAAGAAAAGAAUCAUGAGUAACAUAGCAACCAAUUGGAGGGCUCUCAGCGGUGAGAAAGACUGGGAAGGUCUGUUAGAUCCUCUCGAUCUUGAUCUCCGCCGGUAUAUCAUUCACUACGGUGAACGGGUUGCAGCUGUUUCCGACGCCUUCAUUGGCGACAAGGAGUCUCAGAACUGUGGACUUUCCCGCUAUGCCAAGAGGCACUUGUUCUCUAUGGUGGGCUUAGAAAAGGGUAAUCCAUAUGACUAUGAAGUGACAAAAUAUUUCUAUGCUACAACAGAUAUCUCAAGCAGCGACGGCCUCAUCAAAAAGUCCAUAUCUGCUGAUCCACCGGCUGGGGAUUCAAAUUGGAUUGGGUACGUGGGGGUGACGACAGACACAGGAAGCACCGUGCUAGGGAGGAGGGACAUUUUGAUUUCUUGGAGGGGAACUGAAGGGGAGGCGGAGUGGAUAAAUGAUCUGACGUUCGAUUUGGUCUCAGCUUCUGCAAUACUUGGAAAGGAACAUGAUCCUAAGGUGCACCAUGGUUGGUACUCCAUGUACACUACGUCUCACGAGGCUUCCACGUACAAUUCUAUUAGUUGCAGAGACCAGGUUCUGAGCGAGGUAAGUAGACUUUUAGAGAUUUACAAGGACGAGGAAGUGAGCAUUACUGUGGCAGGCCACAGCAUGGGCGCUGCAAUGGCAACUUUGAAUGCCGUGGACAUUGUUUACAAUGGAUAUAACCUCAAGCCCUCGGGUGCAGACGAUCCAGUCAAUCCAUGUCUCGUCACAGUCUUUGGGUUUGGUGUGCCCCGCGUCGGGGACAAUGGAUUUCUCCAAGUAUUUUCUGAUCUAAAAAAUAUUCAUAUCUUACGCGUCAACAACAAGCCAGCAGGCGAUAUUGUCCCCGACCUGCCACCGUCCGUGCCGGUGCUUUUCCCAUACGUAGAUGUGGGAGAGGAGUUGAUAAUUGAUACUCGCAAAUCGCCCUUCUUAAAAACUAAUAAUCCUAACGCGCAUAAUUUGGAAGUUUAUCUGCAUGGAGUUGCUGGAACACAUGGGGACAAUGGCGAAUUUAAUUUGGAUGUGAACCGUGAAAUUGCACUUGUAAACAAGAAGUCGGCCGCUCUGAACCCUGAGUUGCUUGUACUUGAUAAUUGGUGGAUUACGAAGAACAAGUCUAUGGUCCAAAACGAUGAUGGCUCUUGGGUGUUGCUAGAUCAUGAGAGUGAUGACAGCAAAGAACAAGCUUAUGGCCCAAAACGAAGACGUCUCAUGGGUGUUAAUGGAAAGUGAGAGUGAUGAUAAUUUCAUAUAAUCAUGCCUCAUUAGAAAAUUGUGUGAGGCAGCCGUUGUGCACGUACUAAAUAAAGCCAUCGGUCCAUUUCAUUGUAUGUUAAUCUUAAUGCAUGUACUAAAUAAAAAAAAGAGAUAAGAGUGAUGAUAAUCUUAUCUCUCCACAAAUAAAAGUGUGAGCUUUGAGUUUUUCAGCUCGAUUUGCUAGCUCUUGUUCGCGUCGAUCAGUCCUGU